GAGCAUCGCCCAUAAUCUCCAGGACAACCCCCACUCCGCUCCACAACCACACCUGAUGGCUUCGACGUCUGGCGUGGUACGCCGAAGAGGAGCUGGUGCGGCAACGGGCAACACCGAGGACGAAGGUAGCCGCGUGGCUUCACCUGCGCCCCGGAACGAUCGCGACCGCGCUCCAGAAACAUCCUACGAGAACUCGGAGAAUGGCCACAAGAUUGCGUUCGAUCCGCGUGACAUCAGCGAGAAUGCCGAGCGCAGCAAACAGCCCAAGCUGACGCUCAUGGAGGAGAUUAUCCUCAUGGGCCUGAAGGACAAGCAGGGCUACCUUUCCUUCUGGAACGACAACAUCUCAUAUGCACUGCGAGGAUGCAUCGUCAUAGAAUUGGCUUUCAGGGGCCGCAUAAGCAUGCAGAAAGACUCGUCGCGGCGGCGCUUCCCUCUCGCAGACCGGGUUAUUGAGGUUAUCGACGAUACGCUGACAGGGGAAGUGCUGCUGGAUGAGGCCCUAAAGAUGAUGAAGUCGAGCGAGAAGAUGAGCGUCAACUCCUGGAUCGACCUUAUGAGCGGCGAGACAUGGAACCUCAUGAAGAUCGGCUACCAGCUCAAGCAAGUCCGCGAACGUCUCUGCAAGGGCCUUGUCGACAAGGGCAUCCUGCGCACCGAGAAGAAGAACUUCCUUCUGUUCGACAUGGCUACACAUCCUGUCGCAGAGGGCGCAGCAAAGGACGAGAUCAGGCGCCGAGUACGCAACCUUCUCACCAACCGCACCGUCGUCCUCCCCGGCAGCCAAUUCCUCCCUGAGGAGUUGGAGUUCAGGACCCUUCGAACCGUUACUAUGGUCUGCGCUGCUUACGCUGCAAACGUGCUCGAGAAUGCACUCACUACACUUGGGCACGAGGCGAGGGAGCGCGCAUUCGCUCAGGUUGACGAACUACUGGCAGAGUACUCGCAAUGGCCGUUUGCAAGGAGAGCAGGCGGUGGUCAGGGGGUCGGUGCGAAUUUAGGCCAGCUGAUCAACGACGAGAUCAACGCUGGCAAGGACAAAGAGCUGCAGAUGGAGGUUGUUGCCGCGUGUCUGAGUGUCUUCACAAGGCUUGACUCUCUCCUCUGAUCUACGUCAGUUGUCGCACAUAUUAACUCCAGCAAGGUUGUUCUCGUUCUUCCGCCCCCAAGCUCUCACAGCUUCGGCCGGGAACGCGAGCGUCAGAUACAUAGUAGAGACCAAGGGUCCCGAGUUUGGACCCGAUGAUGAUGAUAAUUCUAGAUGGAAGCGGUCUCUUCGUUCAUAGCGUUCUGUCCGCAGCAAAACGGUCUGGGGGGCCACAGGCGUUGGGCUGUAUGGUAGCAGCCUUCUUCUUAUUGAAAGCGUUUAAUGCACAGAUUGAAACACCCAGUGCGAUGCUGUUUACGAGCAGGGUGAACAGCUGAAGAUCUCGUAUCUAGAAG